AUGAAGAUGCUAUCUAUGAAGAGGCUGAGAAUGACAAAAGGACUGAAAAUGAGAAUGAAGACAGUGAAGAACAUGAGGAAGACCCUGAAUUUUAUGACAAUGUAUGAGCAAAGUGAAGAUGAACAAUGCUUGCUGGAGAAGGAUGAUAAAGCAUUUGACAACUAUGUUGACCAUAAUGCUCCAGAUAUUGAUCCAACUGCAGAUGAAGGAGAGAAGUCAGAUGAUAUGGCUGUAAGUGAUGUUAAUAACUUGGAUAGUAGCUUAUGUAAUGAGUUUGAUAUGCCUAUGAGAAAGAGAAAAAGGAAACUGCCCAAGUUUGAUGAUUUUAGGCCUAACACCGUUGUAAAUGGAAGUAGCAUGGUUCAAAUUAAGAGUUAUGAAGAGGAGCACACUUGUAGGACUGUUGAACACAAUUUCCACGAUAACUCAUCAUGGUUAGCAGAGAGAUAUUCUACAUAG